AUGGACGCGGCAGAUAUUGAUGCGGCGGUGGGUGAGGUCAUGACCGCGUGGGAAGAGGCCGAGGCGGAGAAAGCCCAGCAGACGGUCCAAGCCGUGGAAGUCACCGAUGCCAAUCCAUGGUUGCGGGUGACCGGAUGGACCGAGUAUUUACAGGACAUUGCCCCCCAGGUCAUAUUGAACAGCGUGGACCCGCCCGACAAGGAGUCCAUGGAACCCGUCGAGCAGGGAAUCCGCCGGUUGUGGGACACGAUGGAGCAGGUGGUGCGCAAGAGCCAGCGGACGGUAGACCACAGUGGCCAGGCCAUUUGCAUCGAGGCGGUGCGGUCCGAGACGGGGCAGACCCCGUAUCGGCCAUUGCAGGUGUACAUGGAUGCAGAGAGCAUUGUCAAGCACGUCCAGCCGUGGCAGCAGAUCGUGGCAUUUAUCGCCCGCACGCAGGCCACACAUACAUGGAAGAGUCCAUCGUACAGCAUGACGCCCCGGCAGCGGAAGAAGUGGCGGCAGUUGUGGCAGUUGGCCAUCCAAGCUGAUCCCGAGCUGAUGGAAUCCCGCCAUCCCGAGGAGGUCCCGUGGGAAAUGAGUCGGAUCGAGGGUGUAUGUUUGGAUUUUUGCAUCCAGUUGUUGAACCAGCGGCCGCGCAGCCAUGAGUAUGAGAGCGUGUUGGUAUGCGCCAUGGCGCAGCAGCAAGGGGUCCCGGUCAAUUCCCCGUCAUCCCCGCCCACAUCGCCGAUGGCCCACAGUGAUCCACCACCGAUCACAGAUAUCCCCCGUGAGGCCCCAUCCCGUCCAAAGACAUUUCAGGAACAGGUGCAGUGGAUGGUGCAGCGGUUCAUGGUCCGCGGGACCCAUGGCCCCAUGCAGACGUUACAGGAUUGGCGGUUGUUUGGGAUGCACCGGGACCGGUUGUUGUACCAGUACGUCCAGUUCACGAUGGGCAAUUUCCGCCGCAUGGUGCAUGGGUUGGUGGGGGCCACGCGGGAGAUUUUAUGCGAGUUGUUGUGGCGGUCAUACAUGAUCCAGCGGGUGCGGACCGAGCCGUCCGUGGUGCAGUUCACGGUCCGCCGCCAGCCCCGGCGAUUGCACGCACCCGCGGUGAUGCGAUAUUUGCACCGGGUCGCGCGAUUCAAGGAGAAGUUGGCCGCAUUGGUCCAUGUGGUGGCUGGGCCCCCGAGUUGUUGA